AUGACUAGGUGGUGCUACUAUAGAUGGCAGAUGGUGGUGGUUGCCUUUAUGUUCAUGGUCUUCCUCACAACUCCGGUGACAUCACAGCCACAAACAAACAUACUAAUCACAGCUUGCAGCCAAGCUAACCACACCAACCUCCAGAAUUUCUACGCCAAUCUUAACUCUACUUUCCAAGAUGUCCGAACACAAUUAUCGAACAAUAACACAUACUUUGCCACCGCAGAGCAGACAAGGAAUUCAGAGGCAGUUUACGUAAUGGGUCAGUGCAGGAACUACAUGUCGACGAUGGACUGCGUGGCUUGUUUUGAUUUUGCCGAUAGGGUAAUACGUGUCUGCGCUGGUGCUAACGGUGGCCGAGUUGUACUUGACGGCUGCUUUCUCAGUUUCUUGAGUUGCUGAUGCUUCCGAUUCAAAGGGUAAGUGAAGUAGGACACAUCUCUUCAGUCACAUCAUCCCACCAAAGCCUCCGUCUCCGCUUCUUGUUAGAAAAUCGGGGUAUAGAUAAACUUGGAUUAGUGAGAGUUGUGAAACACUUUCAGAUUAAAGCAUUUCGAGGGUACACUCAAAAUCUUUAAUCGGAUGAAACUCACUAUUUUUCUAGAAUAUAGAAUGAAGAAGAUGUUAUGAAUCUGUACUCAAUAAUAGAAUCCGAAAUUGAUCAUAUAUAACAGAAAACUAACUUUCUGUCUUAAACUGUCAUAUGGUAGUUAUAUCUAAAUAACUUCCUGUCCAAAAACGGCCAUAUUACCUGUCAUAAACUACCAUAAAACCGGGGGCUCUGCCCCUUGGACCCCGCUCCUAGGGGCGUUGCCCCUGGACCCCCGUC